AAGGCCCCGAGAGGCCCCGGCCCGGCGGCGGCGGCAGCGGCGGCGGCCAUGGCCGGGGGGCCGGGCCCGGAGGAAGCCGCGGCCCCGGGCGCACAGCACUUCUUGUACGAGGUGCCGCCCUGGGUCAUGUGCCGCUUCUACAAAGUGAUGGACGCCCUGGAGCCCAGCGACUGGUGCCAGUUUGCCGCCCUGAUUGUUCGCGACCAGACCGAGCUGCGGCUGUGCGAACGCUCCGGGCAGCGCACGGCCAGCGUCCUGUGGCCCUGGAUCAACCGCAACGCCCGCGUGGCCGACCUCGUGCGCAUCCUCACGCACCUGCAGUUGCUCCGCGCGCGGGACAUCAUCACGGCUUGGCACCCUCCCGCCCCCCUCCCACCCUCCAGCACCACCUCCCCGAGACCCAGCAGCCUCUCUGCACCCUCUGAAGCAGAGGCCCCCAGCCCCGGGAAGUUGCAGUCGUCAGCCUCCACUCUCCUCUCCCCAGCUUUUCCAGGCUUCCAGGCUCAUUCUGGGCCUGAGAUCGGCCGUGUCCCAAGCCCUGCUGCCCUCCGGCCACCACCACCACCACCUCUAUCCUCUUCUACCAAGCAGAGCGCAGGGAACCCAGUGUCCCUCCUGCAAGGUACCCACCCCUCUCCAUUCUGCUGGCCCCUCCAUGAGAUUUCCCAGGGCACCCACAACUUCUCAGAGGAGCUGAAGAUCGGAGAGGGUGGCUUUGGGUGUGUGUACCGGGCUGUGCUGAGGAACACAGUGUAUGCAGUGAAGAAGCUGAAGGAGGAGGCAGACCUGGAGUGGACCACUGUGAAGCAGAGCUUCCUGACAGAAGUGGAGCAGCUGUCACGGUUUCGUCACCCAAACAUCGUGGACUUUGCUGGCUACUGUGCUCAAAGUGGCUACUACUGCCUCGUCUAUGGCUUCCUGCCCAAUGGCUCCCUGGAAGACCGCCUCCAUUUCCAGGCCCGGGCCUGCUCCCCACUCUCCUGGCCUCAGCGCCUGGACAUCCUUCUGGGCACCGCCCGGGCGAUUCAGUUUUUACAUCAGGACAGUCCCAGCCUCAUCCACGGAGACGUCAAGAGUUCCAACGUCCUUCUGGAUGAUAGACUGCUGCCUAAACUAGGAGACUUCGGCCUGGCCCGUCUCAGCCGUUUUGCAGGGGCCACCCCUGGCCAGAGCAGCAGUGUGGCCCGGACUCGGACCGUGCGUGGCACCCUGGCCUACCUGCCUGAGGAGUACAUCAAGACCGGGAGGUUGGCCGUGGACACCGAUACCUUCAGCUUCGGCGUGGUAGUUCUGGAGACGCUGGCCGGCCAGCGGGCUGUGAGGACGCAUGGUGCCAAGACCAAGUAUCUGAAAGACCUGGUUGAAGAAGAGGCUGAGGAGGUCGGGCUGGCCCUGAAAAGCACCCAGAGCACGUCCCAAGCAGGUGCAGCCACAGAUGCCUGGGCUGCUCCGAUCGCCGCCCAGAUGUACAAGAAGCACGUGGACCCCAGGCCUGGGCCAUGCCCACCCGAGCUGGGCCUGGCCCUGGGCCAGCUGGCUUGCUGCUGUCUACACCGCCGAGCUAAGAGGAGACCCCCCAUGACCCAGGUGUACGAGAGGCUGGAGAAGCUUCAGGCAGCAGUGGCAGGGCCGUCCUUGGGGCCAGACACUGCUAGCCACGGCCCCCCUUCCCCACAGGAGAACUCCUACAUGUCCACCACCAGCAGUGCCCCAAGCAGUGCCAGCCCAUGGCAGCCCCCGGCAGUGCCCUCAGGAACCCCAGCCCAGGCUACAGAGCAGCUUCAGAAAGGUCCCAACCAGCCCGUGGAGAGUGAUGAGAGUGUGUCCGGCCUGUCUGCUGUCCUGCAUUCCUGGCACCUGACCGCGAGCUGUCCCCCAGGCCCAGCCCUGCCAGGCAGCCCUGGAGAGGGGGCCGCCGUGUGGGCCCCAGCACCCCUCGGGCAAGCUGGCUGUACUCAAGGGGGCGCCACCCCAGAGUCAAGAUGGGGGAGUGGCCCGGAGCCCCAGCCCCCAGCUGUGGAAGGAUCACUCCUGGGCAGCUCUGCAUCAUCACGGCCACCGCAGAUUGUCAUCAACCCAGCCCGACAGAAGAUGGUGCAGAAGCUGGCCUUGUAUGAGGACGGGGUACUGGACAGCCUGCAGCUGCUGUCGUCAAGCUCCCUCCCAGGCUUGGGCCUGGGACACCAAAACAGGCAGGCCCCAGAAGAGAGUGAUGAAUUUCAGAGCUGAUCUGUUCACCUGGGCAGAUCCCCCAAACCCAGAAGUCAAAGUUCUCAUGGUCGGAAGUUCUCAUGGCGCGCGAACCCUCAGGAGCCCGUGGGCAGUAGGGGUGGGGGCCCCAGCCUUGCAGGGGAGAGCAGGUGGUGACCCCUGUACUGUAGGGAUGUGGACACAGGCUGGGCUGAGAGUCACCUGGGCUGGCUGCAGGAAGCUGUCAGUAGGGAAGGCUAUCUCAAAGGCCUUCCUUUAGUCCAGCAUUUGGGGGAGAGGAAAGCCAAUGUCGUGGGAGGGGUGUGUAGAGGAGGAAUGCAUGUCUGAAGGCAGCUGGCUGCACAGGCCAGAGAGGAAAGGUGGGUAGGACCACAGGUAAUGAGGGAUGCAGUGAGGAGCCGGCUCCUCUGACAGCUGGGCAGGGCGUUUGCAGACCAGGCCUACCGCAGCUGCCCUGGGCCCCUCUCCUUGUACUUUGCUGAAGCCCUGGGGGAAAGCGGCCACUCUAGAACAGAGCAGAUGAGGCCACGGCCCUCCCAGCCGCCUGUAAUGUGGAAGAGUGAGGUGUGGCUGUCCUGUGGUUCAGCCCACUAGCUAGGAGUGAGGGUUCUGAGCUAGCCCAGAAAGUCCGGUAGCGCCCCCAUCAGGCCAGUGUCUGUAGGCUUCACCAAGGAGCUGCAAGCUAGCCUACUGUGACACCUGCUAGCCAGGCCACCCCUGAGUGCUACAGACUGGUACCAAUCCAAGCAUCAGGCCCAGGCACUGAUGGUGACAGAGGGACCACUACCCAAGGUUCGCCUAGGCCCAAGUCCUGUGUUACGCAGACAGUAAGAAGCCCCAAGGCGAGAAGUUGGGAACAAGGCAGAGAAAGAGGGAAAAAAUAGGAGUCACAGUUUUAGAAGCAAGUGAGAUUUCCUAUAACUGUCUUCGAAAGUGGCCCAGGGCUGUAGCACAGGCUUACAAUGAUUUUGUGCCCACAAUCAUAAGUCACACUACAUGCCCCACGAAACUAGGCAUUGAUGAGUCCAAGUUGUCCUGGAGUAAUAAAAGCUUAUGUUUCGAUCUC